AUGCGUUACAAGCGAUCCACCCAAGAGCGCUCGCUCACUUCGCCAGCGCGCACCACCGCCCCACACGUCAAGAAGAACGUCGAUCGAUACGGCACCACAAAGCUAGGGAAGGCCGCUGAAAAGGGCGAUCUCGAGGCGGUCAAGCAGGCCUAUGAACAAUCGCCGGACGAGUUGAACCAACCUGAUUACGCGGGCAUCGCACCGCUGCAAAAGGCGUCAUUGAAAGGUCACGCUGGCGUUGUCGCAUAUCUCAUCAAGCAGGGCUGUCGUCCCGACGUCCAGGACGACCAAGGCGACACCCCACUCAUCGAUGCCGUAACGAACGGUGAACUGGAUGUGGUGCGCAUCCUCCUCAAACACGGAGUGAAUCCGCAUCAUUCCAACUCCAAUGGCCAGCGCGCGAUGGAUUUCCUCGAA